AUGGCUCUCCAGUUUGGAAGAACUUUAGACAACACAAGGAAACUCAAGGUAAGGAUUCUAACAUAUGAGCACGAAUUUACGGGAAAAAAGAUGAAUUACCUGUAUGUGAUCUGAUUUUUUCGAGGAACUGUUUUGUAUUAGGGUAAAUGAUUGUUCUUAGUCAAUACUCGAUAAAAAUGAAGAAAAUUUAGGAGAACAUAUCAGAUUAAUACUUUUUACAUUGAAAAUGCACAUCAACCACCGAGACAUCCCGCCCUGACGGAGAUAAAGAAAGAAACUAUUUUCUGAAUUUUCUCCCUUGGAUUCUAGAACUCUCAGAAAGCUCCUCGUGUGUUAAUUAUUGGAGGCGGAGUUGUUGGAAUGACCAGUGCUCUGCAGUUGUUGAAUAAAGGGUAAGUUGAAAAUUAGACUAAAUUUUUUCCGGCUAUUAAAAGAUUAUACAAGAUCAGCGACAAAAGCGGAAAGUGAAAGCCCAAUCAUGCGAGGCACAUGCGACAUUUCCGCGAACUUUUGCGGCUUUCAUGUUACGAAAGCUUGGUUCCUGAUUUUUCGGCAAAAACGCGACAAAAUUUGUCCCUGCAGCCAUCACUGACAACAUGAAGCACAGUGCUCAGAAUAAGAAAAAUAUUUAUAAAUGCUACUGGCUUUGUGCAAUUCGCACAGCUAUUUAGGAUGAUUUCUAAGAUCUCAAAACAGGCUGGUGAAUACGGCUACAGCUAAUUUUCAAGUGGAAAAAAGCCAGCGUUCAAAUCCGAUUACGAAAUACUGCCAUUCCAUUUCUUGCAAAGUAUUCUCAUAGUGGAAAAAAAUGAAGUAAAUCCACAUUUUAUACAAACAGAAUUUGGUUUUAAACCUGUCCACUCUUAGACAGUAAAUAGGGACGAUUCUUUAGGCGGCUUUUUUUAAAUAAAGAUGCAAUGAAAAUCUUCUUUAAUGUUGUUAAAUCAUUCAUCGUUCAUAGGUACAAAGUGACAGUUUUAGCAAAGGAGUACGCCUCCCCAGUCUCCUCUGGUAAACGCAUCACUUCUGAGAUCGCUGGCGCUCUAUGGGAGUGGCCUCCAGCGGUCUGUGGGCGACACACAAAUGAAAAGUCACUGGAGAGAGCCAAGGUUUGGUGCAUGGAUGGCUAUGCCAAGUUCAUGGAGUUGGCUAUGAACUCGAAGGAAACUGGAGCUUUCCUCAGACAAUCUAUAUUCUACUUUAAGGACAAGGUAACUCCACAUUUGCCGCAUAUUCUUAUCCGUCGUAUCGUCUUGUUAUUAUUGUUACUAUUAGACUCUGAUAAAUCUGAAUAGUUCUCUCGAUCUUACUCUUUCUCUCUCUUUCUUUAGGUGAAUAAUCUGCCUCAACAGUUAGAAAAGAUGAAUGAGCUCAAUCAUUUGCCAGGAUUUCGCCAUGACGUCAAACUCAUCGAUGAAACUGGUAAGUUAGAUCAUAGCAAACAUUCUCUCACUGUUCUCAAUCUUUUUUUUCAAACGAAGUAGAUAUGCAAGGCAUCUAAACAGACCAUUUAAUUAAUCGGGCGCUUUUUUUCUCCUUCAGGUGUGAACACAGACACUGGUGUUGUGGACGCAUAUCAACAUAUGGCUCCCAUGGUUGACACAGUCACCUACAUGCAGUGGCUUUACAAACAGUGUCGUGACAAAGGCUGUCGCUUUGUACACGAUGAGAUUCACGGAUUGUUGAGGGAUCAGGCAGAAGACUUGAAAAAGAAAUACAAAGCUCAGCUGAUCUUCAACUGCUCUGGACUUAGCGCCAAAGAACUGGCAGGAGACGAAGAUGUCUACCCCCUAAGAGGUAAAUAACUUGUGUAUGUCCUACUAAAUCAUAUAUGUUGGGCAUCCUAUGUGGGCCGAUUGUAAUUGAUAAGAAUUGGGUUUUGGCCUCGAUUACUGAUAACUCUUUACAUUUUGUCAUUCCAGGGGUGAUUCUUAAAGUGAGAAACGACGGAAGUUUGAUGCCAAAACUCAAUCACUCCAUGUGCAUCUCUAUAAUCAAGGAGUUCGACGAGUCAGAUAAGGAAGGACAAAGCUUCGUGUUCAUUCUGCCGAGAGGUGACGACAAAUUGUGGCUGGGUGGAAUGGUACAACCUCAUCAGUGGGACAGAGAUCUGACACUUGAUUAUCCACCAAUCAGAAAGAUGUUUGAGAAAGUAAAGGAGUUCUAUCCACCCCUCCGUAACUAUGGAGACGAUGAUGUAGAGGAAGUGUUGGUAGGCCUGCGUCCUGCUCGCCAUGGUAACGUUCGUCUGGAGUGGGAUCCUGUGUGUCCUUCUCUUCUGCACAACUAUGGACAUGGGGGCUCGGGUGUGACUUUCUCAUGGGGCUGUGCUAUUGAAGCCAGUGCUAUGGUGGAUCGUGUUUUUAAAAGACCACAGAUUUAUCUUUCAAAGCUUUGA